CUGCUGUCUGUGUGUAUGUGCCUAACUGUGUGUCUGUUAUCUGUGUGUCUCAGCUCAAGGCCCAGCUGGAGCAGACUAGCACGGAGCUGUCGGAGCACAAACAGCUGAUGGUCACGGCACACCGCAAGGACGAGAGCUCCACCCAGAUGGUCGCUGAGCUCACUGCUCUCGUCAAAGAACAGAAAGGUCGCAUCGCCGAGCUGUCCAAGUCAAAACACGAGCAGCUGGGAGGCUACAAGGGGAGAAUCCGUGAGCUGGAAGAAUCGUUAGAAGACGCCCGGAAAGCUAACUCUCAGGUGGACUCUCUGAAGCAG